AUGGGUUUGACCUUGUGGGAUGAUCGCACUCUACAAGAGCACACAGUUGAGAGACCUCAAAGAAGCAGCACGUUUGAAACUUCUGCUUGCGACUCCAUUGAAUCCAGAUGUUCCUUGUUGGGUUUAGAACCUUCUUUGAAGGCCAGUUUUCUUAGUGGAUGUGUAGAAGUUGGAGGAUCUGGCAAAUAUCUGACAGAUAAAAAGACAUUCAAGAAUCAGAGCAGAGUGACUAUUCAGUACCAAGCUACCACCAGCCUCAAAAAAUUAUCAGCAUCUAUAAUUGGCACCAUAAAUGAACCGCAGAGACAAAUUAUAGAAAGUAUCUCAGCUACACAUAUAGUCACUGGUAUCCUUUAUGGGGCCAAUGCCUUGUUUGCAUUUGAUAGUGAGAAGUUAGACAGUAGCCAAGUUAAGGAUAUCCAGGGAAGCAUGGAUGCUUUAAUAAAGAAGAUCCAUGUUGAUGGGAAACUUAAAAUCGAGCUGACUAAAGAAGAAAAAGACCUGAGCAAGAAAUUCUCCUGUAAAUUCUUUGGAGACUUCAUUCUGGACAGCAACCCUACAACAUUUGAAGAAGCAAUGAAGACCAUUGCAGAACUGCCAAAGAUCCUGAAGGAAAAGGGUGAAAAUGCUGUUCCUAUAAAAGUCUGGCUGACGCCACUGAAGACAUUAGGAUAUGGAGGCGCAGAGCUGGUGAAAGACAUCAGCGUUGACUCACUAAGGAAGAUUGAAGAUACUCUGGAAGCUCUAAAGGAGAUGAAAGAGAGAUGCAAUGAGUCUCUGGAUGAGGUGGUGGUGAAGCAUUUCCCACAAAUUAAAAAGUACCUACAAAACUUUCAGAAGUUGUGUAGUGAUAAAAUAUCUGACUUCCAACGAACUCUGAAAAGAGUGCUUCCCUCCGUUCGUGAAGGUAGAGUUGAUGAGAGCUCACUGAAUGACGUUUUUGAUGACCUAGACAAGUCACCAUUCGGUCUUGGAAAUCUUAGCAAGUGCCUUGACUAUAGAGAGAGAGAAAUCAACAUCAUCAGGUCCUUUAUAGGGAUGAUGGAGGGAAUAAAGAUUGUUCAAAAUAAGUCAGAAUUAGAUAGAGCAGUACUUGCCACAGGUGUAAAUCAUGCAUUUUGCUUUGUUUUCACUGGUUUGAAAAAUGCUGACCUCAACCUUGAUGCAAUGGCCAGUGAAGACCCAUGGUAUUAUUUAGACGAUACCUUGGAUCAUAUGAAAGAAGUAGCAGCCAUUUUCUUGGAUCUUUACAGAGCAUACAAGAACAGCACCCAGCUCUGUUUCCUUGUAGCAGCUAUACAACACCAGAAUUACAAAGGAGCCACCAUUUAUCAGUACAAGGAUGGCAGAAUGAUUACUGAUCAUUUUUCAAAGCCCAAGAUUCGGGAUCCCAGAACUAUAAAAAAGCGAAGUCAUUUUCUUUGGAAUUACUGUCAUCUCACUCUGGACCCAGACACUGCAAAUAACUACCUCACUCUAUCUGAAGACAACAAGAAGGCAACAUGUGGGAAGUGGCAAACCUAUCCAGAUCACCCAGAGAGAUUCGAUAGACAUACACAGGUUCUGUGCAAGCAACCGCUGACUGGUCGCCACUAUUGGGAAGUAGAGUGGAGUGCUGGUUAUAUGCCGAGUGAUGUUCGCAUAGCUGUUGCAUACAAAGAAAUCGGAAGGAAGGGAAGAAUGGAUGAUUUAGAGCUUGGAUGUAACAAGAUAUCCUGGUAUUUUGGUGUGGAUAAAAGUGAAUCCUUUGUUCCUUUGAGAGACGCACUUUACAAAAUUGUGUCUAAAAUGAAAUCCUUCAUGCCUUUUGUAGACAUAUUUUAUAAAACGCUUGUAGCAUACCAUGACAAUAAGGUCAUGAUGGUCUUUUCUCUUACUAGAUUACGCAGAGUUGGUGUGUAUCUGGAUUGGCCUGCAGGCACUUUGUCCUUCUACGAUGCUUCCUCUAAUAGUGACAAACUUGUUCAUCUGUACACCUUUCAAACCAAAUUCUCAGAGUCUGUUUACCCAGGGUUUUACAUCUAUUACCCAUCCAAUUAUGUUUUCCUGUGUCCAGCUAGUCAGAUGAUGGAAAACAUUUUGCAUACACCUGUUUACUGACAAAGAAGUAAAGCGCUCUGUAACAAAGAACUUGUAGAGGAAAGUCUCACCUUUGCUUUGUUGCUUCAGUGGUGAGGGAGGAGUGCUGAUUGAGCAU